AUGACGCCACCUUUGCUGUCUAAAACUGCUGAUGGAAAGUCUUUACAGCUUUACCUCGCAGUCAGCACCCAAGCUGUUAGUGCUGUCUUAGCAAGGGAAGCUGAAAGUCAGCAGUUACCUGUUUAUUAUAUAAGUAAAACUCUCCUCAGUGUUGAAACCAGGUACUCUUCUCUUGAAAAACUGGUAUUAGCACUGGUCGUAGCUAGCAGGAAAAUCCGCCAUUAUUUUGAAACUCACCCAAUAGUGGUGAAAACUAACUACUCUGUGAAAGUUGUUUUACGUAGACCAGAGUUAACAGGUCUUGGUGUAGUGCUGAAGUCGCCACAGGGGGACAUGAUGGUACAAGCUAUUUGUUGUGAUUUCAAAGCUACUAACAAUGAAGCAGAAUAUGAAGCUUUGAUUGGAGGUUCGGAGUACCAUCUGAAAAUAGUGUGUGACAACGGAUCCCAAUUCAUAAGUUCCCCAACCAGAAACUUCUGGGAUAAAUGGAAUAUCACGUUAGUCACUUCGACACCCAGGUACCCUCGAGCAAACGGGCAAGCUGAAUUCAGCAAUAAGGUCAUCAUUGGAUCUCUAAAAAAGAAGCUGAAAGACAAGAAAGGCAAAUGGGCAGAAGAGCUGCCAAGAAUCCGUUGGGCCAACAGAACCACACCAAGAACCGCCACAGGUCAAACGCCUUUCUCAUUGGUCUACGGAUGCGAAGCUGUAAUACCUACAGAAGUCGCCACUCCAACAGCUAGAUAUGGCUUGAUGACGCCAGAGCGUAAUAGCGAGGAGCUAUCGCAUGACCUAGAUACCGUGGAAGAGCGAAGAGACCUAGAAUACAUAAGGAUGGCCACCUAUCAACAAAUGGUAGCUAGAAGUUUCAACAAAAACGUCAAAGCUAGGAUGUUCAAAGUGGGAGAUUGGGUUCUAAGGAAACUUUUUCAAAAUACCCAAGAGCUUAACGCAGGUAAGUUAGGUGCAACCUGGGAAGGCCCAUACCAGAUCGUAGAAGUCAUUGGCAAAGGGGCCUACAGGUUAGCUACAACGAACGGUAAGCUGGUACCCAGAAGCUGGAAUGCAACACAUUUGAAACUCUAUCACUUCUAG